GCAGCCGUGGUAACUGUGUUGACUGGGCAGCCGUGGUCACUGUGUUGACUGGGCAGCCGUGUGCGCGAGUGAGCCGUCUUGUGCUGCACGCAGGCGUCCCACGUCCGGGUGACCUCACGCGGUUUUUGGUUCCGGCGCUCGGCGUUUUGUGUUCCGGGAGCGCGGAACCGCUCAAUGGGUCGGCCGUGACCCUCCCUCCUAGCGUAUAACGACAAAGUUAGACUUUGUGUGCUUCGUUAGGUUCGUUAAGAUCGCGUUUAUAAACAUAGCGACGUACAUCCUGGCAUAAUGGCCUGACGAAGCUGGUGCUUAGUGAUCUCCAGCGGAAAUCUGAAAGUGAUCGCAUCGUAAACUCCGCCUGGGCCGACAACUUGGUUAGCCGCGAGCCUGUUAAGGCUGCAAGGGGAAUCUUUGUGUGUGUGUGUGUCCACAUCAAGGUCCACGCUGCACCGUGAGCCCCUACGCCGAGCGACGCCAAAGCCACGCGCAGCAUGAAGCUCUCCUCGUCGCCCGUGUGGGUGGUGGUGCGGUUUGCUGUCUUCACGAGGGUCGCCACGCUGCUGCUGCAGCUGCCGCUCAACCUGCUGAUCCCCGACCACGACCCGGACGCGUUUGCUCCCCCGUCGUCCGCCCACGAGUCUCCCUUCUCGCGCGCCGUGGAGUGGUCGCUGGGCGGCCUCGCGCGCUGGGACGCCGCCUACUUCCUGUUUGUGGCCGAGCACGGCUACGCCUACGAGCAGAGCGUAGCCUUCUUCCCUCUCUUCCCCGCGCUCGUCAGAACGCUGGCGUUUGUCGGCAUCGGCGACCACGACAAGAGCAACGGCGGCUCCGGCGGCUCCGGCCACCCGGACGUCCGCGGCCGCUUGAUCCUUUCCGCCGUCUGCCUGAACGCCGUCGCGUUCGCGGCGGCGGCGGCCGCCCUCUACGGCCUCGGGGCGGCCGCGCUGCGCGACGAGGCCCUGGCGCUGCGCGCCGCGCUGCUCUUCUGCGCCACGCCGGCCUCCGUCUUCAUGUCGGCCGCCUACUCCGAGAGCCUCUUCGCGUGCCUCUCCUUCGCGGCGGCGCUCGCGCUGGAGCUGCGCCGGCGCGGCACCGGCGUCGCCCUCUUCGCCCUGUCGGCGGCGGCCCGCGCCAACGGCAUCGUGUCGGCCGGGUUCCCCGUGCACCGAGCGCUCGCGCUCUGCGCCGACUCGUGCCGCCGCCGCGGGCGGGCCCGCGCGUCCGACGUCCUCUCGGUCGCGUUGGCGGCGGUCUCGGCGGCGGCCGUCGCCGCCCCGUUCGUCGCCUUCCAGGCCUACGGCCGCGACGUCUUCUGCCGGAGCGGCGACGGCGGCGGCGGCGGCGGCGUCGUCGCGUUCCCCGAGCGCCUCCUGGCGUACGCGCGGAGCAGGGGCUACGCCGUGCGGGGGGCCGCGCGCUCCGCCGAGUCCCCGGCUGAGUACUGCCAUGCCGGCUGGCCGACGCUCUACGGGCACGUCCAGCGGACGCACUGGGACGUGGGCUUCCUGCGCUACUACACGGCUCGCCAGCUGCCCAACUUCGCGCUGGCGGCGCCUAUGGCCGUGCUGGCCGGCGCGGCCGUGUGGAGCUACGCGAGGCGAAACUGGCGGCUGUGCCUGAGGCUUGGGCUCGUGCAGGACGGUGCGGGCAGAGAGGAGGGCAUGGGCCUCCGCUCUGGAUAUUACAGCGCCACGACGUUUGUCUACGUCGCGCACCUCGCAGCGAUGCUGCUGUUUGGCUUGACGUGUAUGCACGUGCAGGUGCUCACGCGCUUCCUGGCCAGCUCCUGCCCGGCGGUUUACUGGUUUGCAGCUCACCUCACGCUCGGGCGGCACCUGGAGCCCGGGGGAGCGAGUCGGCGGCCGAAUCCGUCGCGGGACGACGCCGUUGUCGACGGAACUUCAUCGACGGCGGCGGCGGCGGAUACUACAGCACCGUCGCCGACGACGUCAUCCUCGACGUCAUCCUCAACGUCAUCCACGACGUCAUCCUCGACGUCAUCCUCAACGUCAUCCUCGACGUCAUCCACGACGUCAUCCUCGACGUCAUCGACGGCGCGACCACCGUCGUCGCCAUCGUCAUUCCCGCCCCGCUUGCCGCCGCAUCUCGCGCGUCCAGCGACCUCCGUCGCAAGAAGGCAUCUCGGCCGCGACCCGCCCGCCAACGAGCGCCGCCAGAGGGUCGGGAGCAGGGAGGCGGCCGACUCUCCGCACGCAGCGGCCCCGGACGGGCGAACAGAGCCCGGGGACGUGUACCGCCCGGGGCCGGCCGUGGGUUCCCCGGACGGGCGCCGAAGUUGGGCCGCGAGGCUGGGGGACGGGGCGGCCCGGGCGGCGCUCGGCGCCCUCCCCAGGAACGGCCUCACGGGCGACCUGGCGAGGUGGGGGGAUCUGAGUGCCGCGGCCCGGCUCGUCUACGGAUAUUUCCUUUCCUACGCCCUGCUGGGGGUCGCGCUGCACUGCAACCAGUUUCCUUGGACGUAGCCAAGAGCAGUGAUAGCAAGGCCGGUGACAGUCGCAGCGUCUUUCCCCAGGAGCAGGGAUAACAACACUGGCGAUAGUCAAAAUAAGCGUUUUUUUUAUUUUACCAGGUAAGGCCCGCUGAGCUGUAUAGCUCUUUUUGAGAAGUGACCUGGCCACAAAUGAUAGCUCAGCCAACUGGCUAUUCAUCACGUGGAAAUGUAUAGCAGCAGUCAAAAUUCUCUAUAAACGUGUGAUGUUGAUUAUAAAUGUGGAGGGAAAAAAUCUGAGGACCCAGAGAAAAAUCCACGUGACCACGGGGAGAUAGACAUGCAAACUCCAAAUAUCCAGCAGGUGUCAGGGUCGGCAUCAUACCCACGACCUCCUGUAUACCAUGCGAGGUAGUUAACAUCUCCCCAAAAGCAGUUAAUAACAAUCUAUAGAGAGAACUGCAGAGCCUGGCAACUGCCUUCCAGAUUUGUGGUUCAGCGAUUGAGAGAUGUCAUUUCCAUUCUUAUUUGUAUGAUAAUACAUUUUCUUUAUCCAACACUCUCACCGAGUCUCAAGACUACGUUUCAGGAGAGUCGUGCAUUGGGAUAAUUUGGCAAUUCGAUUUUUUUUUACUUAGAAAAAAAAGAUUGAGUGUUUUUUUUUAACUUUCAUACUUUCAUUUGUUGACUUUCCGUGUGUUUCUUGUAAACAUUUAAUUUGUCUUCGUUUGUGAUAACCAAUCGCGAUGCUAUUGGGUUCCCAAAACAUGCUUCUUGUACAGAAGCUCCACUUCACUCUGCUGGCCGGAUAUGGAACUGCGUCCCUGAUGAACACAUUGUCGGCGAGAUCACCGAUUCCGGUCUUCAGGCCUUCAGAUGCGGAGCACACACACGGGACAUAUCCUUACUUCACCACGCACCCCUUGUAGGGACUGAGCCAUUGAGCUGCAGUGAACCAAUGAUCAUGCCGAUGAGAUGUACUCAUGUCUGAUAUGACUUUUGUUCACAAUUGCACCCAAACAAAAAAAACAACCUGGAUUGCAAUCCAGUAUCUCGGCUCUGAUCGCUCAGCAUGUUUGGCACGGCCAUUAUGAGGCCACGUUCUCAAGUAAUGGUUGCACUUACACUUCACGUACGACUUGAACACAUACUUGUUUCGAGUGUUUUAGGGGAUUUUAAAUUAUUAUUAUUCCCACGCUGUUAAACCAUCUUCUUUGUGAUUUUUGUAUCGGAGUAUCUUAAAAAGAUCUUCUUUAAACAGACUACCGUCUUUACUUUACUCGUGCAAUAAAAGCCAAAGAGUGGAA